GAUAAAAUAAAUUUGAACUAACCUCUUUUAGCGUAUUAUGUUAUAAUAAUUGUUAUAUAUUAAAUCCGUAUAUGUAAGCAGACAAGAACAAUCAAAUAUUUUAAUCAAACUAUUGGUUGAUACCUGAAGUUAUUAUAGCUGGAAAUAAAACAACUGUUGUUAACGUUAGUUGUAUAUUGUUUACUACUUAUCUAUAUCUGUACUGUACCAAGUGAAGGUUUAACUUGCAGUUAUUAAUAUGGAUAAUCUGAAUAAUGCUGUGUUUUCGUCACUUAAACCAGUAUGUGAUCGGUUGAUUAUUAAUGUUUGUGAGCAAACAAUCAAUGACUUAAAACUUCUCUUACCAACACUACCUUCAAAAGCAAUCCAGAGGUUCCAAAGUUAUAUUAGUUUUCCGAUUGAAGUUAAUCUGCUCAAGACUUCAAAUUCACAGCACAAGCAGAUGCUUGUUGAGACCUUAACGCAGCUGUUCAAUCAUUCCCGUAUAGAUUCUGCAACUACACUGUUUAGACUGUGUACGCUCCUUUUACAACAAGUGAUUACAAAAGACAAAAUUGCAGUAUCAGAUGUGUCAGAAGAACUGAAGCUGAGCGUGGUGAGAUGUAUAAACCGGUUGUGGCUCUCUUCCAUGUCGGAAGUUCUGUACAAUGUCUACAGCCGAGCCUCCUACCCCCAGCUCAGUCCUGUGGUCUUUAUGUUGGUUCAGCUUGCCAGGAACGAGAAGUUGAUACAACUUAGGGUGGAAGCUCUGGAGACUCUUCUGGUAUUAUGCCACGUCAACGACUCAGUCGACAAUGCCGAUGUUGAGAUGAUGCAGCGAGCGCAGAAUGUUGUGAUGCUGAUGUUACCUGGCAUCGUAACCUGCUGCAAUAGCAUCGCUGCCGAGCCCAACACUCAGAAUCAUAAAAUCACUGUUGCCAAUAUCAGGCUGUGGGGCAGUGUGGUAGGACUGGUCAUGGCGGACGGUGAGAUGACAGCAGAAGUGGUGGAGGGAGAGGAGACACCCCUCUCUGGUGGCACACAAGUGGAGAGGGUGCAGCAGCUACAACGACAACUGCGGACUGAGGCAUGGCUGCGAGACACUGCGGAGCGGUUGACUGUGGUCACUGAGGUACUGCUGCGCUACCAGACCCACACACACUGGCAGGUCCGACUGCAACUAACAAAGGCUGUUACCCACCUGCUGGCGAGAUGUUCUCAGAACAUGGCUGGCUCCACUGGGUGUUUUGUGUGCUGCCUGAUAGUGCUAUCAGAAGAUGAUAUGGCAGAAGUGUAUGGGCCCGCACGUCAGUCACUCGCAGAGCUGUCUAGCAAGCUGCAAGACGACACAGGUCAACCACUGCUCCAGCAGGUUCAGUCGGCCUUCUUCAACCUCCUCACUCGCGCCCCUCGGAUCAUGCAAGGCACUGACGAAGGCAGCCAACUGACGUGUAUGAGCCUGCUGGUGGGCUACCUGAGGUUACAGGACAGUAGGCUGCCACAUGUGCUCAGUUCUGGCCCCUUUCUGUACCGUCUGCUGGUCACUCUGGUCCAUGUGUCCCACCUCGAGACCAGCCACGUCAGUCUACUCGAGGAAUGUGCCAUCCGAGGGUUACAGGACAGUAGGCUGCCACAUGUGCUCAGUUCCGGCCCCUUUCUGUACCGUCUGCUGGUCACUCUGGUCCAUGUGUCCCACCUCGAGACCAGCCACGUCAGUCUACUCGAGGAGUGUGCCAUCCGAGAGGUAGAGACAGACACUGUAGUCUAUGAGCCGUGGAAGCAGUUCAAGUACUGUGACAGUUCCCAGAAGGUGUGCAAACUACAAGAUGUGUGCAGUGUGUUACGUGAAUAUGCAGAUCUCCACACCGUCUUACAUGCUCUCCUGGACCUGCUGAAUUCCAACCCUGAGUACACCAAAGAGAUAAUCCUCCUUAUCAACUACAUUGCUGCUGGAGGUGGAGCAAACUCUAUGGAGAUACAUUCUGCUUUAGUCACAACUGUGGUCAAUGUGUACAUUCAGCCGAGGUUGAGGGAUGUUCCGAUGGCAGUCAGUAGUGCCACUGCAAUGGUGGAGGCACAGAGUAACGUAAUUCAGGUUUCCCUGUUGGCGGAAGGGCUCGGUUUGUUUAGUCUUGCUGUGGGAGGCCAGAACUUCUCCCGUUCCUUGUUGAGAUGUCUCUACUUUCUCCUAGAGUGCGCUGGCUCCCCCCUCCACCCCCUUGCCUGUGCAGGGUUAUCAGCUGUACAAAAUGUGGCCAGGGCGUGUGUGGGUGGUGGUGUUACGGAACUGGUCUGUGCCAACGUGGGUUACCUGUCACAUCACAUCACAUUGCGACUGAGGCGGGCUAACCACAAUCCUGGUGUGCAAGCAUGCUGUAUCUGUUACAGGAUUAUCAGCUGUACAGAAUGUGGCCAGGGCGUGUGUGGGUGGUGGUGUUACGGAACUGGUCUGUGCCAACGUGGGUUACCUGUCACAUCACAUCACAUUGCGACUGAGGCGGGCUGGUUAUCAGCUGUACAGAAUGUGGCCAGGGCGUGUGUGGGUGGUGGUGUUACGGAACUGGUCUGUGCCAACGUGGAUUACCUGUCACAUCACAUCACAUUGCGACUGAGGCGGACUAACCACAAUCCUGGUGUGCAAGCAUGCUGUAUCUGUUACAGGGUUAUCAGCUGUACAGAAUGUGGCCAGGGCGUGUGUGGGUGGUGGUGUUACGGAACUGGGUUAUCAGCUGUACAGAAUGUGGCCAGGGCGUGUGUGGGUGGUGGUGUUACGGAACUGGUCUGUGCCAACGUGGAUUAUCUGUCACAUCACAUCACAUUGCGACUGAGGCGGGCUAACCACAAUCCUGGUGUGCAAGCAUGCUGUAUCUGUUACAGGGUUAUCAGCUGUACAGAAUGUGGCCAGGGCGUGUUUGGGUGGUGGUGUUACGGAACUGGGUUAUCAGCUGUACAGAAUGUGGCCAGGGCGUGUGUGGGUGGUGGUGUUACGGAACUGGUCUGUGCCAACGUGGAUUAUCUGUCACAUCACAUCACAUUGCGACUGAGGCGGGCUAACCACAAUCCUGGUGUGCAAGCAUGCUGUAUCUGUUACAGGGUUAUCAGCUGUACAGAAUGUGGCCAGGGCGUGUGUGGGUGGUGGUGUUACGGAACUGGGUUAUCAGCUGUACAGAAUGUGGCCAGGGCGUGUGUGGGUGGUGGUGUUACGGAACUGCAUGCUGUAUCUGUUACAGGGUUAUCAGCUGUACAGAAUGUGGCCAGGGCGUGUGUGGGUGGUGGUGUUACGGAACUGGUCUGUGCCAACGUGGAUUAUCUGUCACAUCACAUCACAUUGCGACUGAGGCGGGCUAACCACAAUCCUGGUGUGCUCAGUGUUUUGUCUGUCGUCAUGAGACACACCUCUAUACAAGUUCUGCCGAGUCUUCAUGAGAUUGUGGAAGAUGUUUUGGUGCAAAGCUGCGAUGAAUUUCAAGAAUCAAAUGCUAAUGGCUUUCUACGAGUUUUCCUCACGUUUCUCACUUGUCUAAGACGAUGGCAGAGUGGAUCUAAAGGGGAAGAUUCCUGUGAAGAGCCUCAACAAAGUAAAACAAUUUUGGAGCAACUAUUGGAGUAUAAGAGAUGUCUGGAGGUUGCUGAGAAUCUGGAAGAUGAUGAAAAUCUGGAAGAAGAGAUCAAUGAGAAAAUGUUCACUUCUGAACAGUCAAGAAGUGAAGAAGAACCUCCAGAGGAAGAAGAAAGUAAACUCAAGAAAGUGAAGCCGAGUGUGAUGUUGGCAGUUGCAGUGUUGGAGAGGUCAUUACAUUUCCUGCCCUCUAAGGACGAGCAAAGACAGAUCCUGGUGUUGGAUAUCUUAACAGAGGGAGUGUUGGUGCUGAGGUCAGAAGAAGAUCACCUCCUGCCAAUAGUCCACAAGAUCUGGUCACCUUUGGUAAAGAGAUUCCAAGUUUCAGAGACUCGACCGUUGGUCAUACACAGAGCAUUUGUGCUUCUCUCCACUCUUGGCAAUACUGCCCGGGACUUCAUUCGUAGUCGAACACUCAAACAGGUACUGCCAUCUCUGUGCAAAAUCCUACAAGACAGUGCAAGCCAGAGCUUGCUGAAGGACUCCGGGUCCGCUUAUCGCCUGACACAGCUGUACAAGCUACAGAGGACACUGCUGGAUGGGUUGGGACAGUUGGCCCUCGAUCUGUCUAUACAGGAGAGGCAGAUCUAUGACAUUCUGGAAGCUGCUAAAGAGUACCUCAGCGUACGUCAGCCUGCUCCAUUACAGGAGCUGUGCCAAAGUUUGUACCGGCAGCUGGCCUUCGUUCACAGAGACCUUGUGUGGCUUCAGCUCUCAUCUGUCUGGUCUCCGGUCUCUGAACUGAGGCACCCAUCCUCAGAGUUCUGCUUGAUAAAGUUGGACACUUGCUGCAGUGAAACUUCCGAGUUCAAGAGAAACGUGAGUGAGCUCCUGCAGGCCAUUGAUGGCUGACUCUCAUCAUCUGUGCUGCUCAAUCGGGAUAUUUCUAAAAUCUCGAUUUAAAAAUAUAGUGAUGGCUUACUUAUUUGAUUCUCCAAAGGUAUGGAAGCAUAGGCUUAGAUUUUAAAAUAUACCUUCACACAAAAGGCUGAGUAUUUAACUGACUAAUCGAUUACAUCGUAAAAUAUGAUCAGAAUUCACAUUUACUUGUAGGAUUCAAUGAUAUGUCGAGUUUAUUCCUUGUACUCAAAUUGCCACUUUCCCUCUUGUAAUACAGAGUAACGGACUAGAGUUGUUCGAAGAGCUGAGACAAACAAAAAGUUAUUAAAAAGACAUUUUACAUUAAGAAAUAAAUGAUAAAGUACUUAAUUCCUUACAUAACUGUACAUAUGUGAUGUUUGAGAACAUUAUGCUAUUUGUUAGUAAAUGUGUGAACAGUUGUUCUUUAACAUAAUCACUAUCUGUUCACACACACAUAUUGUGGAUUGUCUAACUUAUACAGUUAAAAGUAUUUUGGAAUUUAUGAUAAAAUUAUGGUUUAAAAGUAGUGAAUACUAGCUAUGAUAUCAUUUUAAAGGAGCAUUAACGAAACACCAUUAUAAUUCUUUUGAUAACACAACAAAAUUGACUAAUGAUAACCAAUUUGAAAGGAUAAUAUGAACAGACAGUAGGCUCUGUGUUGUUCUAAUUUUAGACCUUAAAACUAUAAGUUUUAUACUUGUAAAACUCAAAAUGAAAACAUAGAAUGUAUUGUUGGUAAUUAUACAUCAGUUCUUCAUUAUUUUGGCUUAAAAUGUAAAACUACUUUAAAUUUAUACUAACAUUUAUUGUUACACUUUAGUAGAAUCUGAAUGGAGUUAUAUAUAAAUGUGUUGGAAUGAUGUAGAAACAGUUUCACUAUUUUUAUUUUUAGUCUUAUACAAUUAUUUAUGAACAUUUCUUUUACACAAAAAGUCUUAUUUUUGCCCCUAAAAUAUGUUUUAGAAGUUGGUUGGUCACCUUCAGAUCUGAUUUAUAAUAAAAAUGUAUUUAUAUCAAAAUAAAGAUUUAAGUUAAAAAUAUUACUUCACACCAUUGUGAAGUGGUUUGAAAGGGAAGAAAUGUAUAUAACAGAAUUCAAGACAGUAACACAUUUGUAAAACGUUCAUCUGAUGGCAGUGUUUAAAUAAUAAGUUAUAUCUACAUAAAUUUAUAUUUUUAUACCCCGUUCGAAAGGUACUGUAAAUAUGUAGAAAUAAAAAUGGAAAAAUAUAAUGUAA